AUGACGGAAGGCAGUCGUCCUAUUACAACCGACAUGGAUUCAGCUUUGGCUUUACAAAUACAGUCUGUGAGCGUCAGCGGUACCAACUUCGAGAUGUUGAGCACCACGUGGUCAAAAAUGCUUUCGAUUAUGCCAAUCGAGUGUUCAAGGGAGAUAAUUGAGAGGCCCGAUCAGAUGUUCCUGGAAAGAAACCCUGCGGCGUUUCAAUGUAUCUUGCAAUAUCAUCAGGGCGGACAACUGCAUAUGCCAAGUGAAAUGUGUCCUUCGAUUUUUCAAAGGGAAAUGGAGUUUUGGGGCCUCAAGAAGUCUGCUCUGUCAAAGUGUUGUCUUGUGAAAUAUAUAGGAUACUUUGAUGACCAAGCUGUACUACAGGUAUAUUUUGCCUUGAACGCCAUCCUGGUCCUGGUGUCCCUAUUUGCCCUAAUCGCUGGCACCCAUCCUGUGUUCCAAAGGGAGCUAAAUCUGGACGAAUGGAAGGAAUACUACGGAGCCGAAUGGGACAAGUACAGACAUUUUUUUGACGACACAGCACCUGAACCGGAAGCAGAAGGCAGUGAACUAGAACCGCUCCCUGAAGGUUCAAUGACAAGAUAUACCGCCCUGGACAUAACUGAAUAUGUUUGCGUUGCUUUGUUUUCGCUUGAUUUGAUAAUUCGCUGCAUGUUUUGCCCAAACCGAAUAAGGCUUCUUCUCUAUUCCUUCCUUCAUUGGGUGGACGUGUUCGCACUGCUGGUGAUGUAUAUUCAGUACCUUUUUGAAUAUAUUUAUCCACGUGAGAAGUACGAGGCAUCCUUCCUUGAUGUCUUGCACUGCAUGCAAAUUAUUCGAGUGCUCCGGUUAUUCCGUUUGGUAAAGCAUUCCACAGGCUUUUUAGUGUUAUUGUAUGCCUUUAAAGCAAGCUUCCGCGAAAUGUUGUUGAUGAUUAUGUUCCUCCUUGUUGCUAUGAUGAUAUUCUCAACAAUGGCUUUCUUCUCCGGAGAUGACACAUUUUCAACGAUACCCGAUUCCUUUUGGUGGGCUAUUGUCACCAUGACAACCGUCGGUUACGGCGACGUUGUUCCAAAAGAAGCGCUUUCAAAGCUUGUAGGAGUGCUGUGUGCGAUAUCUGGCGUGUGUCUGUUGGCUGUGAUAAUUCCAAUAUUUGUAAACAACUUCAUGUUGUUCUAUUCAUACUCAAAGAUUUGGGGCCAGAUGGAGAAAGUUGACGAUACAAAGAUUAAGCCUAUUUUGCAGUCAAAAGAGACUAAGGAAGUGGACUUGAACUGCCAAUAA